CUGCUGAGUAUCAGCAAAGAAUAAUACCGAGCAAGGCAGCUUGACGAGUUGAGAAGAAGUUAUGUCUGGCUGUCCAGUGGACAGGGAGAAGCUUUUUCUAAAGAUGGACGUUAUCCUUCGGCUUCUAGAACAGGAGUAGUGGAUAACAUCCCUAUGUCUACGUCUUGGCACUGCUGACACAUCUACGACGAAGGGUAGGAUUGUUCAAGUCCCUGUAGCUAACAGCAGCUAUCAGGCUACAAGGCUAACUAAGUUACUGGCUUAUUUUAGCUAGUAAUGUCUCAAACGUUGCCGCCCUCUGAAAUGCUGGAAACACCACCUGGAUAUCCGUUUGAAGAAAUAAACUAUGAGGAUAUUGAAGUUGAAGAGGUGGUGGGAAGAGGAGCUUUCGGAGUUGUCUGCAAAGCCAAGUGGAAAGGCAAAGAUGUUGCGAUAAAGACAAUUGAGAGUGAAUCAGAGAGGAAGGCAUUUAUUGUCGAGCUCAGGCAGCUUUCACGAGUCAACCACCCCAAUAUUGUGAAGUUGUAUGGCUCUUGUAAAAGUCCGGUGUGCCUGGUGAUGGAAUAUGCUGAAGGUGGAUCGUUGUACAAUGUGCUGCAUGGUGCUGAACCCCUCCCUUAUUACACUGCUUCCCAUGCCAUGAGCUGGUGUUAUCAGUGUUCCCAGGGUGUGGCCUAUCUCCAUGGCAUGAAACCAAAGGCUCUCAUUCACAGGGACCUCAAACCACCGAAUCUGCUUCUAGUGGCAGGUGGCACAGUGCUGAAGAUCUGUGACUUUGGAACAGCCUGUGAUAUCCAGACCCACAUGACCAACAACAAAGGAAGUGCAGCAUGGAUGGCUCCAGAGGUAUUUGAAGGCAACAAUUAUAGCGAGAAGUGUGAUGUUUUCAGCUGGGGCAUCAUUCUCUGGGAAGUGAUCACUCGCAGGAAGCCCUUUGAUGAAAUUGGUGGACCAGCUUUUCGCAUUAUGUGGGCUGUUCACAACGGUACAAGACCGCCACUCAUCAAGAAUUUGCCUAAACCCAUUGAGAGCCUGAUGACACGCUGCUGGUCUAAAGACCCCUCUCAGCGGCCUUCCAUGGAAGAAAUAGUCAAGAUUAUGACUCAUCUAAUGAAGUACUUCCCAGGAUCAGAUGAACCUCUUCAGUAUCCAUACCAGUAUUCAGAUGAACCACAGAGCAACUCUGCAAACAGUACAGUUUCAUAUAUGGACUAUACUGGGACCAGCACAAGCAACAGAAGUGAUGUAAACAUGGAACACAGUGAUUCUCAAGGAAGCAACGACACUAUCAAGAUCACUCCUCAGUUUGCACCUCAUUUCAGACCAAAGGGAGACUCACUUAGAACUUUACCCUUGUCCAGAGGGAGCAGUGUUGAGAGCCUGCCAGCAAGAACACAGUGCUUUGCAUCCUCCGACAGCAAACGAAUGAGUGCUGACCUGUCUGAGUUGGAGCCCACAAUGCAGUUUACACCUGCAGCACGCAGCCAGUAUAAACCAGGCCAUCGCAAAACUGCAUCAUUCGGGACCAUUCUGGAUGUCCCCAAGAUCGUCGUCACAGCCACCUGUGAGGCUCAGAGACGCCGCUCUGUCCAGGAUCUGCCAGCUAUUGGCACAGAGUCCAGUCAGGGGAGCAGGAGCAGCAGCCGCUCCUCCAGUCCCAGUGUGAGGCCACCUGACAAGACAAACAGCAGAAGCUACUUCCCCCAUGAUGACCCCACAGACACUAACGGCUCAGACAACUCUAUUCCCAUGGCUUACCUGACCCUGGAUCACCAGCUGCAGCCUCUUGCUCCCUGUCCAAACUCCAAAGAGUCCAUGGCGGUGUUUGAGCAGCACUGCAAAAUGGCCCAAGAAUAUCUGAAAGUCCAAACUGAGAUCGCCCUGCUGAUUCAGCGGAAGACAGAGCUGAUCGCUGAACUGGACCAAGAUGAGAAGGACCAGCAGAACACGUCCCGUCUGGUGCAGGAGCACAAGAAGCUGCUGGAGGAGAACAAGAGUCUGUCCACCUACUACCAGAAGUGCAAGAAGCAGCUGGAGCUGAUCCGGGUGCAGCAGCAGAAGAGACAGGGCACAUCCUGAGGACACUACCCAGCAUCCUCUCUGCUUCACUGCAUCACAUACACACACACAUACACGCACACACACGCACACACACGCACAUGUCCCAAUCCAGCAUGUCCUGCAUGUUGCAUCAUAGACUCUAUAAGAAGACAAAUAGCUGCAGCAUCUUCUGUGACUAUUGCCCCAUCAGGAGGGGAGGGGUGGGAAACUGACUGACUGACUGACUGACUGACUGACUGAGAAGCAGCUGUAGCUGCAGGACGGACAGGCUGAGGCCACAGCAGUGGGAGCUUGUGUGGUUUUUUGCAUUUGCACUCAGGACUCUAGGCUGCCUUGUGAGUGUGUGUUUGGAUCAUCAUGACACUCCUCAGAAUGUGAAACUGGGAUGGAGUUCUUUUAGCUAACCGUCUGCAGAACAAUCAGAAGCUAGCAGCGGGUUUGAAAUGUGCCCUGGUUAUGCAAAACACACCUGGUCUCCUGGAAACGAGCAGAAUCUCUCCAGCUGGUCCCCGUUCUCCUCCUGCAGCCUUCCUCCUGGUCACACCUCCCAGCAGCAGCUGGAGGUCCGGCUGCUGCAGCUCCUUGACCUCCUGCAGCUUCUGGAGCCAACACUAAGCUGUGGAUUCCCCUGAUUGUUUGACCUCAGUAUUGUUGUGUGAAAUGUUUUUGUAUUUUAUAUCCAGCUGUGGAUUUGGCGAAUUGGUUCUGUGGUAUCUUCCUGUUGGAGCGGAUCAGAACCAGUCUGGGAAGGCCCUUGCUGUCCAGGCUGCGUUUGAGCGCAGUCUGCUUGUAGUUCACAUGUUGCCUUAGAGGUUGCCUGCAUUUAAGUGCUUGUUUUAUGGGACAGCUAUUGCAGAGUGAAAAACAGAGCAGAUUUUAACGUUAAGUCAAGGAUGGGAAUGUUUUCUGGUGAGAAAGCAGAGGAAUGUGUGAAUCUGUUUCCUAACAGCUUUACAGGAACACUUGAUGUACUUUAUGCCUCACAUCCUCCAGAUAUGUUUGCACAGUCACUGAUUUUACUCUGGCUCCUCUGACAUUUUCUUUUCUUUUUUAGUAAGUGUUUUUAAAGUGGCCAGGCCCCUCCUGAGGUAGAUUCAUCCCACAUGUAACCUGCAGGUGUUUCCUACUUCCUGUGAAAAGGAGAUGUAGAAGGCAUUCUACAAUAAACUGAAUGGUGAACAGAUGUGUAUCUGUGCAGUGAUUCACUGUGUUACUGAUUGUUUUAAGAAGUUCUGUUUUAAGUUUUUAGAAGUUCUGUUUCAGACAGUCAAGGAGUUCGGGUCACAGAAAGCUGAACAUCUGUGUUCAAACAGCUCAAAUAAAGUAAGUAGGAGGGGGAAAAAAAUCUAGAUCCUUCCACAAGGUUUUACAUUAUCAUGUUCCAAACUAAACCUUUCCUGUCAGUUCUGAUGGACCAACACAGAGAGAGCAUGGGAGGAAAAUGACUUCUGGUUCUCCAAGACUUUAAAGAAUAAGAAAGUGAAUAAUAAAAGAACAUGCUGACGGUGCCCCUUUUUCACCCAGAGACGUGUGGAUAGUUUAUGGCCUUCAGUUUUCUUGGAGCUUUGACUAGACCGUUGUACCCUGACUGUGCUGCUCUGCUGGAAGCUAAACCAGCUUCAGCUUUCAUCAGUUUUUAUUUCACUCUGUUCAUCUUCAAAUCAACUCUCACCAGCUGAUCUGUUCCUGCUGAGGACAAGCGUUCUCACAGCAUACUGCUGCCACCACCGUGGGCAUGGUGCGGUGAGGAUGAUGCACUCUGCUGCUUUCGGAAAGAAAGAGUUUAGCAUCUUCUUGCACAUAAUGCAAACCUUAAGCAACGUUGUGCUUUUCUUCCAUGAAGGUCAGAUUGGUGGAGGUGACAGUGGGUGGUGGUCCUGUUGGGUGUUGGUCCUGUUGGGUGGUGGUCCUGUUGGGUGGUGGUCCUGUUGGGUGGUGGUCCUGUUGGGUGGUGGUCCUGUUGGGUGGUGGUCCUGUUGGGUGGUGGUCCUGUUGGGUGGUGGUCCUAUUGGGUGGUGGUCCUGUUGGGGGAUCGUUCUGACCGAUGAACCUGCUCUUCACUACAUUCUGCACAUAGUCUGCAUUCAGGCCUCAUCCCAGCCACAAAUCCAGCUUUUAUGUUACGUCUCAGCAACAGUGCAGGGUCCUGGGUUUAAAUCCCACCCUGGGUCCGCCUCUUCAUGGAGUUUGCAGAUUCUACCAGUUUAUAUUUUGCAAUAUCAUAUUUAAUACCAUUGCUUAUUUUUCCUCCUGUAUUUAUUAGAUUUAAAAUGAGCUUUUGUUGUUUUUACUUGUUGGCCUUUAAAGGGUUAAUGACUGGAUCUUGAUCGAUUUCUCUUGUCUUAACUUCUUAACUUAAAUGAACCCAAACCAUAAACUAUUGCUCAUUUAUUUACUGAAUACUUCCAGAUGGGUGUAAAUGGACUGCAGUUUGUUGUGGAAACAUCUGUAAUUGGAAAGCAGAUGCAGGAGUUCUGCAGGAAGCAGCAUCUCUGCUGUCAGUGGUUUACAAUGUGGAGCAUGAGACAGAGUGAAACCUCAUAUGCAGUGAUAUUAAUGUUUGCAUAGAGAUUAUGGUAAUAAUGGUAAUGAUCUCUAUACAAAUAUUUUUUUGUAUACUGGGUUGGAAGUUGAGAUCUACAUUUUUCAACUGAAUUAGGAUUAUUUUUGCACUGCUGGAUCCAAAAAUGAUCCAUUUUUCUCAAUCAGGUUUUUAUUCUAUUUUGAUUUCAGAGAAAUCUGAACUUCUGACUAAAUUAAUGACAUUUUUGUGACAUUAUCAGUUCAUUUCCUUGAAUAUUUUCCAUUCAAAAAAUAGUUUUAGGAGGAAAAAAAUGUUUUCUAACAAAAUGUAUUAAUUAAAUGUUACAAACUUGGAUUUCUGUAAAUUGCAUAAUAAACACAAAUACUUGUAAGUA